UCCUGCUUCCAGCUGUAGCGUGUGUUUUGUUUUCGUACAGCUGAGUUGCAGUUAUUUCUAAUGCUAACUUAGAUUCAAUAAUCGUCCUCAGAAUGUGUCUUACAGGGACAUGCAGUAUGUCACAUUCCUGGUGUUGUAAAUCCUACUGUAGGUGAAGCUGGCAUGUUUGUGUAAUGGCUGUGGAAGUAAAAGAUCCGCAGCUGGACACUGACUGCUGUGAUUCCAAAUCCACCACAGCCUCAGCCGGGCCCAGAGAGAAAAACACCCACCCCACUAGCUGCAGCAACCAGCUGGAGCCCAGUGAACCCACAAACACGCAGAGUCACAAGGAUGAAAAUGAUUCAUGCCUCACCUCCAUGAUGCCCCCUGGCUGGGUCAGAGAGGUGAGGCAGAGAAGAUCAGGGAGGACUGCGGGCAAACUGGAUGUCUAUAUUACAAGUCCUGAAGGGCAGACAUUCCGAUCAAAAGCAUCCCUGCAUGCUUUCCUCCUCCAAAAUAAAGAAGACAUAUUAGACAUAAGUGUCUUUAACUUUUCCACACCAAAGGAAAAAUCCAUCACCCGUUCCACGAUAUCCACCAUGCAAGUGAAACGGAGAAGAAAGAAAAAACAUGCUGAUGGACAAGCGGAGACAACAGAUGCAACACAAAUUCUGGAGCCACCUCCUAAUAAAACUAAAAAAGUCCCUGCCUCCCAUAGAAUGACUCAAAAAGAAAAGCAGGCAAAAGAUGCAAAGCCUAUUAGUACUGACUUUAUGCUUGAUGAGACAGACCCGUGUUGCACACAAGCUGCACCUUUAGCAUCAGUGAGUGAUGUCAGACCUCAGAACAGGCGGCAGAGAGUGGGGCUGCUGAGAGAGAAGCUUUUCAGACUAGCGACUUCCAGCAGUCACAACACCUUAAUUGUUCACGAGGAUGAACAAUCGGCCCUGCAGCGUCUCCUCCCAAGUUUAAAUGUUGAACCUGCCACUGAGAGCGAGUGUGAGGAUGAGGACGAACGAGCCAGAGACGAGACACAGAUUCACAGCAAAGCUGAUGACAGGCUGAGGUCUGAGCUGGAGGCUGAUGCUGACAGUCAGCAGCAUGUGGAAGACGAGGUGUUACCUGACAACACAGGCAGGAGCUCCACACCAGUGAGAGAAUCCCAGAAUAGGUCCAAGGGCCUGGAAGAUAAACGCAAAACAAGCCCCUAUUUCAGUAGCAAGUCCUUCAGAGACGUCUGUGUGUGCGCAGGUCUUAGUCCACCCAGGAGAAAGGCCUUUAGGAAAUGGACACCCCCUCGUUCCCCAUUCAACCUCGUACAGGAGACCCUUUUCCAUGACCCCUGGAAGCUGCUGGUAGCCACCGUGUUUUUGAACAAGACCAGUGGGAAGAUGGCUAUUCCUGUCCUGUGGCAGUUCUUCGAGCGCUACCCAUCUGCGGAGGUGACCCGGGAGGCCGACUGGAAGCCCAUGUCUGAACUUAUGAAGCCGCUGGGUCUGUACGAGCUCAGAGCCAAGACGCUCAUCCGCUUCUCAGAUGAAUAUGUGACUAAACAGUGGCGUUAUCCCAUUGAGCUGCAUGGGAUCGGGAAGUACGGCAACGACUCCUACAGGAUCUUCUGUGUGGGAGAGUGGAGACAAGUGAUUCCUGAAGAUCACAUGCUAAACAAAUACCACGCGUGGCUGUGGGAGAACCAUGAAAGCCUUGGAAUCUAAUCUUGAGGAACCAGUAGUUGUGUAAUGAAGCUCUAGGAUCAGUGGAAUCUUUUACUCAAUAAAAGCAUUAUUCAGCAAA